AAGCUCCUAGGCACAUAUGUGUAUCCCUAUACAGAUGCUGAGGGACUAUAUAUUGGUACUGACUUUGAGAUGCUUCUCUUUACUGUGGACAAGUUUACUAAUGUUCAGGAUACAGACAGUACCAAAUUAACCUGUGAUAUCUUCAUUAAUGUGCUCAAGAGAGUGUCUGGCAAUGACAGCUCCCUAGUUACACUAUUCACUAAAGAUUUCAUAGUACACCUGUCUUGUAUUGCUUCUCCAGAAAUAUGUGAGAGAUUUGUGUCCUAUUGUAUUGAAUAUAUUGAUGCCACUAUGAAAGAGGCAGAUCUAUGUACAACCAACAAGAUACCAUCCUUUAAGGAAUACACUCACCUGAGACAAGGCAAUAGAGGUGUCUUUGCUACAUUUGAUGUCAUUGAAGCUGUAUCCUCUCACAUAACUCCUCUCAACACUGUACUUCGAAUAACACUCCCUCCAGACGUUUUUGAAGAUCCAAACUUCCAGAACAUAUGCUGUUCCAUGAAUGACCUGAUAUGCUUGGCUAAUGAUGUAUAUUCAUACCCCAUGGAAUACGCCCGAGGCAUUGACCAAAUCAAUGCUGUUACAGCUAUCAAGCAGGAAAAAGGCGUUUCGAUGCAAGAGGCUGUCGAAUUCGUUGCAGACCAUUUCAAGAAGCACAUAGAGACCGUCAACUCGUGUAAACGGAACAUUCGUUCAUUCGGUCCAGAGGCUGACAAUGCCAUUUGCUCGUACAUACAUGGAAUGGAGCAAUGGCUUUAUGGGUACAUCAUCUGGAGUUUCGACACGCAUAGGUAUUUCAGGCAAGAGUAUGAGAAGGUGAAACAAACAAUGACUGUGAAGGUGAUGACUCGGAAGUACAAGUCUUUAGAAUAG